AUGACUACACCAGACUCUCAACCAGCUUUGAAAAGUGUCUUGGCCAGUAAACAAGUUAAACACAAGGUUAAGUUGGGGCUUGCAAGAUGGAUCAUUGAUGCACGGAUUCCAUUCAAUGCAAUUCAAUCGCCUUACUUUCAACCUGCCUUGGACGGCGUUGCUGCAAUUGGACCUGGUUUCAAGGGACCGUCGUAUGACGAAAUGAGAGUUCAUUUGCUGGCCGAUCUUAAGAAGGAGUGUCAGUUGCUUGUGGAAGGUUAUAGGAGCUCGUGGAAAAGGACUGGUUGUACACUGAUGGCAGAUGGCUGGACUGAUCAAAGGCAGCGUACGUUAAUUAAUUUUCUAGUUUAUUGUCCUGCUGGUAUGUCAUUUGUUAAGUAUGUUGAUGCUUCUGAUAUGAUAAAAACUGCCGAUACCUUGUUUAAAUUGUUUACUGAGGUUAUUGAGUGGGUUGGGUCUAGUAACAUUGUGCAUGUGGUUACUGAUAAUGCUGCGAAUUAUGUAUCUGCUAGAAAACUCAUUCAUGAAAAGUAUCCAAACAUUUUUUGGUCUCCUUGUGCUGCUCAUUGCAUCAAUCUUAUCUUGAAAGACAUAGCAAGUCUUCCUCAUAUAGCUGACCUUGCCUCUUGUGCUUCAAAAGUGACUGUCUUUGUUUACAAUCAUAUGAUUUUCUUGUCAUGGCUUAGAAAAAGAAAAGAAUGGAAAGAAAUUGUUCGACCAGGAGUAACACGUUUUGCUACUGUAUUCAUUACUUUGAAAAGUAUAUAUGAUCAUAAAGAAGACUUGCAAUCAUUGGUGAUUGACAAAUAUUUCACUUCUCAUAAAUUAUCCAAGAGUAUCAAUGGGAAGAUGGUUAGUUCAAUUAUCUUGGAUAGUAAGUUUUGGGAGGAUUGUUUUACUACUGUUAUGCUUGUUGGUCCUCUAAUUAAGUUAUUGAGGCUUGUUGAUGCUGAUGAGAAACCUUCUCUGGGUAUCGUGUAUGCGGGCAUGCAAAGAGCCAAACUUAAUAUCAAGACAAUGUUUAGAAAUAGAAAAUCUGCAUACACACUUUAUACAAGUAUCUUGAAAAUACGGUGGGAUAAGCAUUUGAAGCGUGACCUCCAUGCAGCAGCAUACUUUUUGAAUCCAGAUUACUUCUAUAGUGAGGGGUUUGUUGAGAAGGCAAAUAUAUUGAGGUCUUUGCUUGAUUUAUUUGAUAUUGAAACUCUUUGCGAUGACUCGGUUGCCGCAAUACAAGAGAUACAGUUGUAUCGAGAUCGAAAAGGAAGUUUUGGAAGGAAAAGUGCAUUGAAAGCAAUUAAGAGACUUGAACCUGAGUUGAUGGUUGAAUUACAUAUUCUGGUAAGUGAAUGGUGGAGGCUACAUGGUGGGAGUGCUCCUAACUUGCAAAAAAUGGCAAUUCGUCUUCUUCAUCAAACAUCUUCAUCAUCCGACUGUGAGAGGAACUGGAGCCUCUUUGAACAAAUCCAUUCAAAGAGGAGGAACCGAUUAGAGCAUCAAAGGCUAAGUGACAUUGUUUAUGUCACUUAUAAUCUACGCCUUCAAUCUAGAAUGCAUCGCAAGAAGAAGAAUUAUGAUCCAAUUGACAUUCAAAGCAUUGACACAGUAGAUUUUUGGGUAAUGCCAGAUGAAGGUGAUCCUGAAUUUACUAAUGGAGACAUCGAAGGCAUUGAAAAUUUAAUUUAUACGGAUAAUGCUAUGCCUUCAUAUCCUACAGAUGGAGGAGAUGUGGAACUUGAUGUGGAUUUCCCUAAUGUUGCUAAUUCUUCAAAUACAGCUUCUUUUGGUGGUACUUCUGAUGAUGGUGGCUUUGGAUUACCUGUUUAUGAUGGAGAUGUUGGAACACUUAAUGAUAAUUAUGAUUUUUGA